AUGCAUCCGAAGCGGAGGAACGAGUUCGUCGAAGCGAUAAAGAAGUUGGAAGAGGAGGCCUUGGGCGACAGGGCGAAGGAGAUGUUCACGCUCGCGGGGCUCGGGACCGCGCCGGAAGCGCAGGGGAAAGGGUACGCGAGCGCGCUGGUGCAGUGUCUGCUCGCGAUGGCGGACGCGGAAGGACGAGCGACAUCGGUGGUGACGACUGACGCAGCCGGCUUUUAUGCGUUGCAUGGUUUCGUGCUGGUUGGCGAGACCUGGAUUGCGAAGGACAAUCCGAAGUACGAUGGUCCACCGGUGCCUGUGCGCGUUCUAGGAGCUUGCUUUCGACUUCUUGUACUCGCCAUGAAACACCAAGACGAAUCUUCCCCCCUCCUUCAAGGCAGCCGGGCUGAUAUCGAGGUCCGGCUUUUGCGGACAUCCGAGACAUGGCGUGCGGUCACCGCUUCGUACAACGCCCUCCUCGGCGACACCGAAGUGCAGUACUUCAUGGUGAGCGCCCACACGGCUUCUCCUCGCCAGACGCGUUCUCAUCUCGAGCCCAGGACGCGGACAUCGCGUGGGUCCGGCCAAUACGCGAGAAGUUCGUCAUUGGCUGGAUGUUUUACCACGGGGCGUGUGCGGGGCGCAUCCUCACCGUGGACCACGGCGCCUCGGCUCGCGGGAUGUUCGGCUGACGGUGGGCUGCAGCGGAAGAGAGAGUUCAAUACGGCAUACAUGAAGUUGCACGGAGAGGCCAUCGGGGAUAGAGAGGCGGAGAUGAUGGAGCUAUGCGCGCUCGCGACCGCGCCGGAGAAGCAGGGGAGGGGGUACGCGAGUGCCUUGAUGCGGGCGUUCAACAAGAUGGCGAGAAGCGACGCUCGAUUUUCAACUUCUGCGGAGGCUAACAUUGGGGUCGCGGCCUGGCUGCUCACGUCCGACGCCGCUGGGUUCUAUGAGCACCACGGGUUCAAGGUCGUAGCGGAAGACUGGAUUGCGCAAGACAACCCGGAAUGGCACCGCGGGCCGAUCCCGAUCAGGAUUGUGAGUCCGCUGUCUCGCUCGUGUAUGAGGGCUCGUUGA